AUGAAUCCCUUGGCGACGUUGGCGCGCCCGGUCGACCCUUUCAUUCAUCAUCCCAUGUCGCGUGCCGGAUGCAACGAGGCGAGAUCGUUCGCGGUCGCCGUUGCGCGAAUGUGCACUGAGGUGCCACCAUCGCAAGCAUCAUUGUCAUUCCUCAGGGAUGAAGCGAAGAUUGUGAGUGACGUGAUUUUGCCAAAGUACAAGACAGCUACAACCAUGACAUUGGAAGAGUACAUUGACACGAGGGAACCAAGCUCCAAGAGGCGAGAGUUACAGAGCGCGCUGCAGAAGCACAAGUUCAACUUCUAUACUGCAGCUGCAUGGCUGGCGGACUUUGCGCGGCAUUAUUGGUUGCCCCCCGAAGGUCAACAUCCACCCUGGCUCGGCGCCCGCGCGCUGCGCCUGAUUCGCUUCCGCCUGAAGAUUGCGGUGGAGAUCGAAGAACUUGUGGAUCUUGCAGAGGGUGAAGGGCGACUGAUGCCAGAAGAUCUUGCGAAUCCCGGCGUGAUGGCUUCCGUGCGAGCUCGCUGGCAGCGUUUCGUGUGGCUGGACGACCUGGCCAGAAUGAGUGAUGUGCUCUUUCGCGGACCCAUUGACGCGCGCCAUGCGGAUGAGAUGGAUCUGCGUCUCGCCCAAGCGUGGCGCAUCUUGCGGUUUCAGAUCCCAAACCUCGUGGACUUCGCCGCCGCCACGCAGAGCUUUCGGAUCUCUGCCGUCAAGAUGGCCAUGAUGUUGGAAACUGGGAGGCCCCUCGAGGCCGCUGCCUUCGAUGCGCAGUUUCAGCUGCCAGAUGCCAGGACACUCUCGUGCUUGCUCUCUUUACGCUGUGAUAAGGAUGAUCCGGAGGAGUUGUUGGAGCUGUAUCGCUUGGUGUGUUCAAAGCUGCAGGUGGGCACCACAUUUUCUGAUCGCCCUGUGCCGGGCACCUUGGCUAUUGCCAUGGCUCGGCAGAAUAUGGCACGUCGUGCUCCCAUUGCCACGAAGCUUUUCACGAAGGUUGCCGAAACUCAGAUGAGACAGCAGCGAACACUCUUUGUCAAGGAGGAUGGCAAGGAAAAGCCGGAAGCAACCAUCUCAUGUGGUGAGCUGAAUUUCCAUGUCCUCAAGCCCCUGGUUGAAAAACUGGAGGAAUCCCCAGGGGUUCUGGGGAUGCAUUCAGUACCGCAUCUUCAGAAGCAGAUCAAGUUACUCUACCGGAAGUUCGAGGUCCCCAUCAACAAGCCAACUUUGAAGUCUUCUGCAAAGUUGGCCAAGAAGUUCAUGGUACUAGUCAAGCGUAAGCUCCAGCGUGACCAAGUAUGCCGGAGCGUCCUCUUUAGGAAGCUGCUAGCCCUAGCAUUUGCUUCCACCCGUGCCAAUGCUGAGGAACCCAAUGAUGCUUCAGACCUCGAGCAGGUGUCUGAGAAUGAGGAGGCGCCGGGUUCUGAUGAUGAUGAUGAGGAUGCUGGGAGUGACAGUGUUGAGGAAGACCAAGACCAACCUCCCAUAGAAGACUCCCAAGGUCCCUCAGAUGAACCAACCUGUGAUGCCGUGGAUUCCUUUGACUAUGCUGGAGCUUGGGAUGAUGCACCUGAUGAGUCCCCUUCUGACAACAAUGGGGAGUUGGUGGGGGAAGUGGGGGAUGUUCCGUUGAGCCAGCCGUCUCCUGAUGAAGGUGAGCUACAUGAUCAUGAUGUUGUGACAAUUGAGGAAAGCCCCAUGAAGAGUGUUGAGGACAUGCAGGCCCAAAGAGCGGAGAUUGAAGCCAAAAUCAGUGAACUGUCUGCCCAGCUGUCCACUGCUCGUAAGAUGGCUACAGCACGGACUUUAGUCUUAUUUGAGAAAGCCCAAGCGUUGGCGGAUGGCACGGAGAAGGCCUCUGGUUCCAGUUCGUCUUCGGCUACCCCGACUUUGGUACUAGACAGCUUGCCAUUUGGGUCUGAUGACAGGGACACCCUCGAAAUGCAUUCUACUGAGAUGGACCUUUUGGCGCAGAACCUCAAAGACAUGCCCAUAGGUGACAAGACCACCUUUGUUCCUGAUGCCCCAACUGUCUUGCGACGAUCCCAGCUUGCACUUCGCUCAGCUGAAGGGGAUGAUGAUGGUGAGGCCCCCGGCAGCAAGGUGAAGGGAAAGGGGAAAGGAGAUGGAGGCGAGAUCGAAGUGGAGGAGGGCAAGGACCAAGAUGACCUCAUGAAUCAUGAGCAGGACCCCAGUGCUGGCACCAACGAUGCUGAGGGAGGGGAUGUGAAGAAGCCUACCCAAAAAAGGAAGAAGAUGACCAAGCAGGAUGCAGAUCCCAAGAAUGAGAAGACUCCGGCCAAGCCACCCAAGGAAUCCAAAUCUUCCAAGCGAAGUGUGGAGACUGAAGAGCCCAAAGAGCCCAAAGAGCGACCUCCCAAGAAGCCCCGGUCUAAAGAUGGAGGAAUGGCAGCUACAUUUGCACGAAGGGUGGAGCCAAGCUCAGAGCAUGGGAAGGCAAAGUGGCAUGCAAUCCGUGAGGCUUUCGUUCAACUCAUUCGACCCAAUCUCAUCAAGUACAGCAAGGCUGAGGACUGUUUCUGGCACUUUGUGAUGAAGAAGUGGGGAGAGCAGGAUGUCGCCCCCCAGGACAUGCCAAUGGCUGCUCAAUCGCUUGCCCCUGAGUGGCUGGCAACAUCUGAGGCCAUGGACGAGCAACAUGCUCUGGGCAUCAAUGACCUCCGCAUUGCUGGCAUGAAUUGGUCAACCUCAUGGUGUGGGCAGCGGGUGGUAUUAUCGGCCUGCGUGCUACUCCUUGCCCUGAAUUCGGAGUUCGCUGUCUUCACAGAGGCCUACGGAUUCCUCGAACUCUUCUCGGGGCACCCACUACCGUGCACCAUGGGACCCUCUAGGACAGCUUUGCUGAUCCUCGCAGUGACAGCGAUGGGAGGCUUUUGGUUCAACACCCAAGUGACAGCAAUGGCUCCCAAAGCUGACAAAAAAGAGAAGGUUCCCUCUAGGCAAUGGUCAUGCUCAGAGCUGACUGAUGGUCAAUCGAAGCUAUUGGCUGUAAAGCGUGAAAGCUUAAGUCCAGAGGAGUUGCAGAAACAAAUCAAGGACUACGAAUGCCAGCUUGCAUCUUUGAAGAAGGGCCUCCAGGACUCUAUCAGUGCAUCAGAAGAUCAAAUCAGAGAAGCCAAGAAGACUUCAGCCAAAUCGAAAGCCAAACCCACAGUUGUGCCACCCACUUCGCUGAAGAAGUCAGGGGAGAAGCAUGUCCGGUCGCCCCAGAAACCGGAUCAGGUAUCUCCCAACCCUGGUGCCGCCAAGCGACUUAGAGGUAAACAGGAAAACCCAGACCAGUCCCAGCAGAUUGAAGAGCUUCAGGCCAACCGGCGCAUGAUGGAAGAGUUAGCAAAGCUGAAGAAAGAGCCGGCUGUUGACCGGGCUACGAAGAAGAAUGCUUUUAAGUAUCUCCAGAAUCACCUCCCCGCCCAAUGUCCUCCAGAGGUCCAGGUGCUACCCAAAGUGAACCUGCAACGGAAGCAGCUCGCUUGGCACGUCUCCGACGUGUUUGUGAGAUCAAACCAUCAGGACAUGUUUGUGAGCCGCAUCACCAAGACCCUCGCCAAGACCAACAAGCUCUCCAGGCGAAAGAAACGUGGAUGGUACACCAAGGAAGCCAUGUCCUACAUCAAGUGCGUGAUCGAGUACUGCGAGAAGCCCAACAAUGUCCAGCGUAUGACCAAGAACCUUUUAUGCACCUGGAGGAAGGAUCGCUACAACAAGAAGUUGAAGAAGUACUUGGUGACUUACGAGGAAGGUGAUGAGGAGCUGUCCGAAGAUGAGGAACGUCAUGUGCGUGAAGAUGAGGAAGUUGCAGACGAGAUGGUGCAGCACACGCGGCUUGGGGCUGCCCGUGCUGAAUCUGAGUCUGAUGAGGAUGAUGAAAGUGAACAGGAGUCAAAGGCCAAACAGGUGAACACCUACCAAAAGGAGUAUGAGAAGUUUGCCCGAUUCACAGACAGCCUCCUUUCCAGAUCUUCGAAACUCACGGAACUUAUUUCUGGGUUGGAAGCGGCGUUUGCUGAAACUGGGAAAUCCGAUACCUGUUCGGAGGGCAUCCGAGUCAAGAAGUGCUUGGCCAAUCUCGAGGCAGCUAAUGAGAUCCUGGAGGAGCAGUACGAGGCGUGUGAGGUGGUGAAGUUGGACACCGUUGCCUUGAAGAAUGACAAGACCCUCUCUGACAUGGCCAAGCAAGAGCUUCAGAAGAAAAUCGAUGCCCAGAUCCGAACCACCACAUCGAAGCGCCUGGAACCUGAAGAAGGCUUUUGUCAAGCCAUGAGGACUGAGAAGUGGAAGCUGCCGAGUGGCCCGAACUUUGAUGAAGUGCUUCGCCACUGUGCUCGCCUGAUCGCCAAUGGCGCCCAUUGCAAGCAUUUGGUGGAGCUUGCGCAGGCAGAGGUAGCUGCCAACCCUCAAGCUAGUGAGACCAUGCGUGUUUUUGCACGCAUCCGCACAGCUGAUGCUGAAGUUGGUGUCCACAAGCUUUUUAGAGAAAAAGGGUAUUCAUGCCCGGUGCGUGUAGAUGAUGUAAAUCUUGGGCCUGGGAAACUUGAAAAGUUUCCAGUCAUCAAGAUUACCACUUGGUUCCAGCACCUGCUGGAUACCAACAGGUUGGCCCGUCAGUUGGUAGGUGUUAGCAGCAUAGCCAAGAUGAAACCAGUGCUCAAAGAGUUUUGGGAACGACAGCGGGCAAUCAGGCCCGACCAUGGGAUCUUUGAGCUUGCUGAGAAUGGAUCCCUGGUUCUGGAAUCCUGCAUUCCAUACUUCUCACACUCCGACGAAGGCAGAAGCUACAAGCAUAUGCCUCUUUUUGUUCUGUCAAGCCAUGGGGCUCUUGGAAGAGGCACAAACGCCUAUGUGAGAGCUAGAAAGCACCGAGCCCCUUUGCGUCGGAAUGGCAUGGGGAUGAACUUCUUGGGAAAGACCUGGUCAACCAACUUCAUCUUUGCAGCUGUCUUGAAGACGGUCUCCAUGGCCUACCCAGAGUCCUUUGAUAAGCUGAUCACCGAGUAUGCUGCUGAUGCUCACCGGCUUUUGACUGAGGGCUUGUUUGCCCAGAAUGGUGAGCGCCUAUGGUUUAUCCAUUGGGGUACAAAAGGUGACCUGCCAGCUCUCCAGAAGCUCGGUGGCUUCAAGCGCAGCUUCAACAACGUUCCGAAGGCGGCUUCUUCGAAGAAAGCUUGCAAAGGAGUUUGUUUCCUUUGCAGUGCCGGUCAGGAGGCAGAUGCUUCGACUGGUGCCUCUGCCAUCCCCUUUGAGAAUGUUUCUCCUUCCGCAGAAUGGGUCGCAACAUGUUCGGUGGAGCCGGCUUGGGAGUUGCAGCCUUCAAUUUUGAAUGAUCUACCACUCAACACAAAGCAGCAGAUUGAGUUCUUCCGCACAGACUUGUGGCACAAUGCGCACCUUGGGCUUUUGAAACACUUCACUGCCAGUGCGUUUGUGUGCAUUGUGGAGAGUGACCUUGCCUGUUUGCCUCGAGGAUCUAUUGAAGUCAAGUUUUCCUGGCUGACGAUGAUCUACAGAGCUUACUUCAGGACACCGCCUUAUGUGUCGGAAAUUUCCAGGGACACGCUCAACUUCCCAGCCAGCACUGCCAAUCCUAUUGGAAAGUGGAGCAAAGGAGCAGCAUCAACGGAGAUGAUGCACUUUCUUGGCCAUUUUGGCAAAAACUACAUCCUGGGAAAGACCACUGAUCCUCUUCUCCUCGCCAUUGCUCCUCGUCUCUCCAUCAAAUAA